GCCCCUCUGACUCCACAGGCUCUAUCUACUGCCCCACUGACUCCACAGGCGCUGACAGGACUUUUCAUAGUGUGAUGAUCCUCUCUCUUGUUUGUUUGCGGUGCGUUUUGUGGAUGGAGCAGAACGCGCGCCGUGACCGGUGAGACUUCCACCUCAAAACUUAGGUCAGUGAUGGAGGAAGAUGAACAGGACAUAAACUGUAGGAGAAAACAGUGACAUGGUAAUGCCACAGGCUGUCUGCACACUGCCUGUCCUGCUGGCACUCAUGGGAUAUGCUUUGGCUGGGCUCAGUAUAUGGCCCUCUCUCCAUGUCGCCCUUAGCAAUGCCAGCAUAUUUGUGGAUUUCACAUCAAAUUCCAGCAACAGCACAACAGUUCAAAGGACACUCUCUUUAGUUAACACAGAGACCAACAAGACUUUAACCGUCCGGAAGAUCCCAAACAUCCCAACAACUUUUAGGGUGGAGUUCAACUGCUCCUGCUUCCUCUAUGCAGGGACCUUCCGCUUCUUGCUGAGGCAAACAAGCAUUGCCCCUGCAGUUUCUCACAGCAAUGGGACAAAACAUGAUGGUGUGGAGAGCACUACCUGGUGGUGGAGUUCAGAACUGCAAGUUCAAUGGCCCACUUUUCAUGUGGCUGUGGAGAGGGCCGGAAACCACUCUGGAUCUUUUCAGGUUGGAAUUGCCACCAACGAGCACUUCACAGCCUGCAACAGUGGCAUAGACUCCGCUCUCUUUCUGGAGGUCAGCUUCAUGGAGUACAACCAAAUUGGUCGAAACAGCAUCGAUAAGGUCCGAGCACGCACCCGUUAUCCCAUCAGACCUCUCCGCUCCCAAAGCUUCGAGCUGCCGUGUGCGUUCCCAUUCACUGAAAAAGACUUCAUACGAGUAGCACUGAAGUCACCCCACGCAACUCAGGAUGUUAAAAGCUCUGGGCCGCUGUAUUUGUCCCGAAUUUUCUCUUAUAAACUUCUUGUUGAAAAUAGCAAUGCUUAUAGGAGCGCAUGUGAAGGGACAAUGUCUGUAAAGCUGAUGACUCCACCUUGCGCACAUAUAAAUGGAAAAGUAUUGCUCUACAAGGACACAGGGGUCAGUCCAAGUUUAUCCACCUCCGGAACAGGAAGCACCACACUGAUGGGCUUUGGGUCAGAAGAACCGGCUUCGCCCCCCCUGGCAUUCAAUUGGCUCACUCAGGGAGAAAAUGAAACUGAAUUUAACUGCUCCGUGUUUUACCCCGGGAGGAAUAAGUACUGCUUUCGUUUUGUUUUCAACUACAGCCGAUCACCAAGUCCAGCGCAGACGUGUUUGGUGGUUCAUAGGAGUGCAGAGUCCUGGGGUCCGUGGCAGCCUUGGAGCUUGUGCAGUGUGACCUGUGGUGAGGGAGUGAGGGAGAGGAUCCGUGAUUGUUUAUUGUCAUCUGGUGGAGGCGGACUGAAGUGCACCGGCAUGGUGAAAGAACAGUCUCUCUGCUCCCUAGAAAACUGUGUUGUGUCACCUGCCUCCACCCCAUCCCUGCCACCCGACCACAUUGGAACGUCACCCCUGGGUAAUAACAUUGUGGCUGUGGUGGGCAUCUCUCUGUGCCUGGCUGUGAUUUUUGCUACUGUUAUUGUAACCGUGUGGAGAAAGCUCUGCCAGACCCCUCCUUCAUGCAGUUCAGUUCGUCGAGGCUCUAUCCAUUCUCCAGGGGGGAGGAAGUUGUCUGAUGAGGCAUCCAUUUGUGCCAACAGCCUACAGCGGCCCAGCGUCACCGAUGGCCACGUCACAACAGCUGGUGUUACUGCCGUCCAAAAAGACAUAGCUCCUAUUACCCCUCCACCCCUCACACAGACACUAGUGAUACCUAUCCCCCAAGAUCCUGAAAGAUUGUCCCCUAGUGGUCAGAAGAUGCUGCCGCCAAUAUUUGGGUACCGCUUGGCUCAGCAGCAGUUGAAAGAAAUGAAGAAGAAAGGUUUGAAAGAGGCCACACAGCUGUACCACGUCUCCUCAAGUCCAGUACAUGAUACUCUUCUUGAAAACUCUACUUCCCCCACCUGCUCCCCCAUUCCCUCCCCAACAGCUUUACCUCUGGGUCCACCCAAAGAAACCAACUCCAGCCCUUUUCGAAUUGCUGCACCCUUUUCUGACAUGCCAGCCCAGGCUCUAAGGACCACACCUGACAGACUAAGUCCUAGAGUCGAGCUAGUCCUUGGACCUCCUGUUUCUGGUCAUUCAAAAGGUGGAAGCUCUGGUUGGAGGGACCGGACUGCGGACUGGGUGGAGAUGGUGGAGAGGAGUGGGUUGGCCGGGCUCAGACCAGGAGGUGCACCAGGAAAUGAAAGCCACUAUGACAACAGGAAUCCUUAUUUCCGUCGAACUUGUAGUUUUAACGACACUAAGCCUCAACUUUCAUCUGCUGCACUUGCAAGACAGUUCAGGGAGAGGAGCAUGACACAGGUGGGGUCUCGCACUCUUCCUGAGGGGAGCAGUUGGAAGAGGAGUGGAAAGUUGUCCCCUUCUUACCCCUUUACAGAAGAAAGUGCAUCGGAAUGGGCCAAAGCAAGACUCCAGAGGAAGGAUUUUAAGAAGACUUGGACAGACACACAAAACAGUGAGGUUAAACACAGGGGCACCAGCACAGACAAUUUAAUUUCAACAUCUGAAAGACUUCUAAAGCCUGAACUCAAAGCCCUACUAGAAAAAGAGGCCCCCAGAACCCAGGGUAUCUCUGGUAUCGGAGGUCCAGUUGUAGGACAGGACCACCCCACUGGAGUGAACCACCUCAGUCUGAAUAGAGCUGAACUGAACUGGAGUCGACGCGGUCCUUCCCCCAUACAGAGGAACAUGCUGGCCCGCAAACUGAAGGAGGCGCAGUCGUCUUCAUGCGCCAGAGGAGGGCGCCAACGCAGUUCAACAUUUAGUGUGUCCUCAUCGCAGCAGAGGAAGAACAGGUGCAGGUCUUUGCCCAUGUCUGGAGACUUCAGCAGCAGCAGUGGGGGCUCGCCUUACAGACUGAGCGAGGCUGAACAGAAGAUGAUGGACCUGGAUCUGUCCUCUCCAUGUGAGGAGGCAGACGAGUAGAUUACAAGGGAUUUAUAAACUCGACUGUUGAAGAAUAAGGAUUAUGUGUAUGCACUUAACACUGAUUAGACAUUCCAUUAAGACCAUCCACCUCAUACACAAUUCAUAUUUAAACAUGAUAAAGCGCUCUGGUCUCACCUUUCUCUAGACAUACAAGUUAUGACUCAUGAUAAAGACAGUUAUUAUUUUGUUUACUUCAUCUGUCAUAAAGCGGUGAUCUUUGAAGUAUAAUAAUUGUGUAAUUUUAUACUAUACAGUUUGAUAUGUUUUACAUGCAGUGAUGUUAUUUGCUGUGUUUGUAUUAAUAGUUUACAAAAUGUAUAUCAGGUUCACUGGGUAAGGACAAUUUGAAUGUAAACUCUACUGAAGACUAUUGGUUUAUGUUCGUACACUGUUCAUAACACAGGGAUUAAGGCUGAUGGUUACAAUGCAAGUUUUAUUGUUUGGGAGAAAAAUAAAAUGAAUAAAAUAUGACAGGUGAUA